CUCUAGGCGAGCUCCUUCUUCUGCGUCUUUUUUUUCCCCGCGCACGGACAGCUAAUAUAUCCCAAAACCAUAUAACGCUAAAAGCGCAAUUUUUUACGUCGAAUAUAUAUUGUGGUAAAUUGUGGUAAUUAUUUUUUUUUUAACCACUCGAAUUCGUAACCGCAAACCAUCGACCUUCGAAUAUCGAACGAGAGAGUAAGCGAGAGAGAGAGAAAAAAAUUCGUACCUCAAAGUUCAAGUCUAGAUGAUAACACGCGGUAUAUAAAUAUAAUAUAUAAUACACACACCAUAGCAGCCAUACACACAGCCAUCGGUACAGUACAGUGGUAGUAGUAGUGUGUAUAUACACAAAGACACAAUCAAAAUAUACAAAAUUGAGCGCGUUUGAGUGUGGGGAAGCUUUCACUUUAAGGCGAAGCGCCGCACGCACACAAGUGACUAAGUUACAUAGUCACCCAUCAUAAGCCAUAGGCCCGAGCUCGCUCCGGAGCGCGCGCGUGAAACAGAGAGAAAGAGCACUCGCGCUGUAUACACUUUAAACUUGUGUACAGAUCACAGAGUCGUGGGUCACAGUCAGUGGACGACGGUUUACCAGGUGACAAGCUCCAGCUCCCAGGUAUCCGCGAGACUUCGUUUCCAGCCUCUCUCUUGCCGUUCUGAGCAGUCUUCUGAACAGAUAAAAAAAGGAUUACACCAUUGCCAAAAUGAGAUUACCGAAUAUAGAUGAGGAGAAGUCGGAGAUUCAACAAUUCUAUGACGGACAGACCGUUCUAAUCACCGGGGGCACCGGUUUUUUGGGCAAGGUCCUGGUCCAAAAGCUUCUCAGAGAAUGCCCGGACAUCGAAGCGGUUUACCUCAUCAUACGGAUGAAAAAGGACGUUGAAUGCGAGGACAGGAUCAAAGCGAUACUCGACGAACCGCUGUUCGACGAGCUGAAACGAGUGCUGCCAAACUACCGUGAAAAGAUCGUAGUCCUGGGUGGUGACUGCUCGCUGCCGAAUUUGGGAUUAUCACCUAAGGACAUAGAAACCGUCAAGUCGAAAGUCUCGAUUGUCUUCAACGGAGCCGCGACCGUCAGGUUCGACGAGGAUCUGAAAAAAGCCGUGUGCAUCAAUGUACGGGGAACCAGAGAGAUCUUUAAGCUCGCUGCUAAAAUGCCGCACUUGAAGGCUGUGGUCCAUGUAUCGACGGCUUACAGUAAUUGUCUUCAAUCGAAGAUCGCUGAAAAGUUGUACGCGUCGCCGAUGACAGGGGACGAGCUCAUCGAAUACGUCCACGCUGCGGACGAGAACAAAAUCAAUAUCAAUACGAAAAAGGUGUUGGGUGAUUUUCCGAACACCUACGCGUUCACGAAGCAGGUGGCCGAGCAAGUCGUCCAGCAGUACGGCCAAGGAUUGCCGUGCGGCAUUUUCAGGCCCGCAGUCGUCAUAAGCUCGUACACGGAUCCCGUGCGAGGCUGGGUGGACAACGUGUUCGGCGCCACGGGGGCGAUGGUGGGCGGCGGGGCCGGCCUCGUGCGUACCCUCUACGUCGACCCGGAGUGCACCGCCGAGCUGGUACCCGUCGAUCUCACCGUCAAUGCCCUCAUCUCGACCGCCUGGGACGUCGCUCGUUCCAAAUCGACAGCCGAGCCGAACGUCGAGUAUCCAAAGAUCUACAAUUACGCGUCCACCUGGGACGAGCCGCUGACCUGGGGCAAGUACAUGGACUUGGCCUUCAAGUACGGAAACAUGAAGCCCAGCAAGAAGGCCUUCUGGUGCUACAGCCUCACCUGUACCAAGUUCUACUGGAUGUACUACAUACUGAGCUUUUUCCUACACUCCGUGCCCGGCGCGACAGUCGAUUUUGCCGCCAAAAUAUUCUCUCCUCAAAAAAUCAAAUUGAUGCGUAUCUACAAAAGGAUACACAAGUUCGCCGACGUCACGGCCUUCUUCGCCACUCGCAAGUGGGACUUCGACCUCAGCAACACCAAAGCCCUCUGGAGCCGGCUAUCCGAGCAGGACAGGCGCAUAUUCGGAUUCUCCAUGUACGAGUUCGACUGGGAGGACUACAUGAACAAUUGCGUCGACGGCAUGAGAUUGUACAUCUUCAAGGAGGGCCCCGAAACGAUACCCGAUGCCAAAAAGCGCAUGGCUAGAUUCCAAAUGAUCCACAACGGCGUGAAGGCAACCUUCUUGAGUGCCCUGACCGCCGCUAUCUACUAUUUCGUCACCACUAGUGUGAUGUUUCAAUCGCAGUUGAGUCGCUUCAGGGAGAGCAUUAGUAUCAGAUAGAAAAAUGAUAUAUUGAUAUAUCGCAGAAAGGUCGGCGUAGUUAGGAUAGUUAUGCGUAUACGUUUAAUGUUUUUCUAUUUUAUUACAUGUCCACAGUAAGGCUGUUUAUGCACAAAGCAAAUUGCCAUAGUAUUUAAGUUUUGCUUUUGUUAAGUUGUUAGUGUUUAAUUUAAAAUAAAAUUACAAAUUUCCCUUAAGAAUAAAUGAUCUAGGAAUAAAGUGAUAUUCCAUGAAUAUUGUCGAGAUAUUGAAAAAGAAACGUCGAAAAAAUUUAUUUUUGCACGAAAGAUCGAUUUUUCAGUUAUAAGAAUGAUCUAAUCAAUCUUGUAAGAUCAAAAUGAUAAUAUUUUUCAGGAGAUUGACUAAAUGAAUAGUUAAAAUAAUUGUGAAUGUUAUAUGUUACGAACAAUGUAUAUGAUGAUAUGAUUAAGAAUUUUGUAAAAAUUUCCAUUAAAAUAAACCCAAUGAGAACUUUUGAAUAUAAUUCAAAAUUGCAUAACCUUGUACGUUUAUGUCAGAAUAAAAUUUAUCAAAAAUA